AUUGAUGACCCCAACAGCAGCUUUGUGGAGGUCAUUCAUGAGGCUGAGGCCAUCACCUCUGUGAACAAUCUGGGAAGCAAACAAGCCUUGAACACAGACUACGUUGAUUCUGAUUAUCAAAGAGGACAGCUGUACCCGUUCCCCCUUAACAGUGAUCCCCAGAUGGCCAUAUUCACUCUCACAAAUUCAGUUCCAAUGACCCAGUCCUUCCGGGAACGGUGGUACAUGAAUCUCGACAGCCUGAUGGACAGGGCGUUGAUUCCUCACUGUGGCGAUGGCGAAGAUCUGUAUCUCCUCGCUGGCGCGGUGCCUUCAGACCGCAGAGUUAAAGACAGAGUGGCAGUGCCUGAGUCUGUGUGGCUGGCGGCCUGCUGUGCUUUCCCCGGAGGCGGCUGGGCCAUGGGCUUUGUCAAGCAUGUCCAGGACAGUGACGUCAUAGAAGACGUGAUGGUGAAAGACCUUGAGAAACUGCUUCCGUCACACCCUCAGCUGUUUCACAACAACUGUGGUGAGACUGAGCAAGACACAGAGAAAAUGAAGAAGAUCUUGGAAGUGGUUAACCAAGUCCAGGACGAGGAGCGGAAGGUGCAGUCUCAAGAGAGCUCUGUCCCCCUCGCCAGCACGCAGAGCAAGACAGAUGCCCUGUUGGCUCCAGAGGCACCUCAGGAAAGUCGCAGCCUUUGGGGGAAGUUCCUGGGUUUCGUCGCCACCCCGUUCGUCAAGCUUUUACAAGUGAUGUAUUACCUUGUGGUCGCGGUCCUAAAGAGCGUCGUCCAUUUAGUGUGGUGCAUUACCAAGCAGGUGAUCAGUGGCAUGGGAAGCUGCCUUUGCCGCCUGGGCUCGGCCACUGUUUCAUACUUCGUGGCCAUUGGAGAAGAGUUGCUGAGCAUACCCUGGAAGGUGCUCAGAGUCACUGGGAAAGUCACCAGGGCUCUUCUCCGGAUUCUGUGCUGUCUACUGAAGGUCGUCUGCCGUGUGCUGGGCAUCCCUGUCCGAGUCCUCCUGGACGUGGCCACCUUCCCUGUGUACACCAUGGGAGCAGUCCCACUUGUUUGUAAGGACAUUGCUGUCGGCCUGGGUGGCACCGUCUCUCUGAUCUUGGACACUGCUUUUGGCACUAUGGGUGGCCUAUUUCAGGUUGUUUUUAAUGUCUUCAAGCGGGUUGGCUACAAGGUUACUUUCGACAAUUCUGGAGAAUUAUAGAACUCAAAACACUAAUAUUGUACAGUCACAGUGAAUUUGAAUUUUUAAUAGAGAAAGCCGGAAUAUUUUGUCUUCACAGUAGAUUUUUAUCCACUGUCAGUUAUUAUUUUUUUGGCCUUUGUUGGGGAUGUUUGCCUGUUUUUGCAAAGGAAGAUGGUAGAGUUUACACUUGACAUAAAAAUGGUGAGAACGGGAUCUAGUAAUCAGCUGGGUACUUCCAAUCGUAUGUGCAAACUUCCAGGCUACUAAGAACUUCAGUUAUUCUCUCCAGUACAGAGUGGGUAACGGAAACAUUCUGGUGUUAACUUGUGAUAAUUAGAAAUUACAACCGAGGGAAGAUUAGAAAGAGGACAGUUUUAAACUGAAGGGUUCCUGAGAAGAUGAGAAAGGAAUUUUGUUCUUCCCAUUACUCUGAGAUUUAAGACAAAACAGAUCUGAAUAUCCUUGGCCAGUCUCUUAGCUUUCACUUCUCUUCACCCCUAACUCAGGUGACCUUGGUGAAGCGCAGAUACCUGUCUGUUGAAAUAACUUUCUUUUGGAUAUGGACUCUGCUAUGUCUCUUAGCUUUCUGUGGUUCUCAAGGACCUGUUAGAUUUUUAUUUUCUUCCAAAAUAGAAUUUUGCUGCAUUUUAUGCUGCAUGUGGCCUAACAAAGUUUGAGUGCAGGUUUGAAUGGAGUAAGUAGCCCUCUUAGCUGUAGAAAAGGAACGCCAGGGGCCAGCCCUGCUCUUCAUGGGCACUGUAGAUCCAAAAAUCCCUUAGCCAAGCCUGGAUUAACUUGACUUAUAUCAAAUCACUAGCUAACAACUGAGCUCAAAGAUCUACAUAUUAAGGGAAAUAUGAAAAUUCAUAUUCUGCAACGUAGAAGAGCUUUCUAAUGCAUCAAGUGAAUACCCAGUACAGCAAAACACUCUCCUUAAAUGAUUAUUUUGGAAUGACUAUAUAGGAAAGAGACACAAAAAAUAUUCUGGCUAUGUUAGAAAAAGAUAUGUGUAUAAAGAUACUUAAGAAUCAUUAUUUCCUAGGAGCUUAUUUAUAUUCUGAGGCUAUAAAGCAUAAUUAUUAAUGAACAUUAAAUUUGAGAGCUAAUUCCCAAUUUUUUGAUCAAGCACUUGUCAAUUUAAAUUUUGCACUAAAAAUGAUAACAAGAGGAACCAGAUUUUGCUUUGCCCUCCAUAGCCGGGGUGGAAUCAUCUGCAUUUUUCUAGGUGUGCUGAAGGGUUGCAGUCGGAAAGGGUUGUGUGGAUACUGAUCAUGGAGCCGUAGCCCGUGACACAAAAAUUGAGGGUCCAGAAAGGGAACAAAGGAAGAUUAAUGUGUUAACCCUUUGUUUGGGGCUGGUGGGUGAGAAACAUGACUGUAACAAGAGUUACAUUUUGCAGAAAAAACUGUUGCCUUGCCCCCUGAGUGGCAUAGCAGCUAGCAAACUGCCAUCCUGGUCAGCUAUGAUGCAAGUCUAGGAGUGUUAGCACCAGACUUGAGGGUGCUGAUAAACUGAGGCGCAUCAGUUUACUCAAGGGUCCUAAGCAGUGUUUACUAACACUUUCCUUUGGGUAAGUGAAGCGUGAGGGUUUGCUUUGGGUUCAGUGGGUCAAGAAUGCUGCUAGAUGAAAGAAAGGAAUCUUGGAAGUGACCAGAGUGACAGUCUGGCCAUCCCACAUUUGAGAAGGAGCCAGAGGUACAAGGAAGCAGCAGGCUUGCCCCCAGUCUCAUGGCUGCGAGCAGGUCGGGAGCCAGAGCCCCUGCCGCACACACCUGGGCUGUCAGCUGUGCAAGUGUGUGCUGCCGCGCCAGACCGUGAGCAGGGCGUUUUUCAUGCAUCAGACAGAUUCCAGGCCCUGAAUAACGUUGGAAUUGGCCUGUGGGAGGAAACAGGCAGCGUUCGUACAACACCGUGCCUCCUGUGUCGCAUGCCACCUCUUUCCUCGUAGGACAUACUGACUUUCUGAAAGGCCCGCGGAGGGGAUCCAUGGCAUGGCUUCUAAGCAUUGUGCAUCGAGCAGGGAUUUCUCACACCGUGGAGGUGUGAGAGUUAUCUUUGAGAGUUAUCUGGAAAUAUCUUGUUUCACAUCCAUUUGGUCUGUGUCUAUUUUUUAUUCUUGUGUGGUCUUUUUGACAUCUGGGAAGUGAUAAUUAAGCAAAAAAAAGAAAAUAGCAAAGGUAGCUGACGUUCGACACUAUGGACAGCAGUGCUGGUUGCGCCUCUGCUUCACUGGAACUGGCUGCACUGGGCUUGAAGUCCCACCAGUCGCCGAUGACUGGUUCAUUUGCAGUGAGCUGCUUGGGUCCUUGAGGUAGAAUUUGGGUUAUGAACCCCAUCUUUGGCUUAAAGGUUUUGCUGCGGCUCUGUUACGUUUUCAGACCCUUGGAGAAGCCAGCCAACUCUACUUUAUUUAUGGAGCUGAUUUUCCAGGCUGUGGGUCAGCCGUGCCCUUGGACUCCACUGGUCCACCGUGCCUGUUCCGUGCUGGCUUCCCGCUCAGCAUGAGCACUUAUACGUAAGUGCUGGCCAAGGAGCUGGGAGGAGUAGUUGAUGUGAAACACUCUUCAUUCUCCAGUUACGCCUUUUUCUAGCAAACGUGCAUUUGGUCAUCAAGGUUGCAGGGAUGAAAUAUCAUGGAUCCCAUCUUUAAGGAGUUCAGAAUAUGGUGGGAAGAAUGCAUUGUUAAUCUGUAUUUGUCAUACGUCAUGGUAAGUGCUACCUUAAAAGUACUAACAGCUUGCUCCCUGGAGCACCAUGGCAGUGGUGGGCAAAACCACGGAGAUUAAGAGAGCCUUAACAGAACGGGACACAAGGAACGUGACAUUUUCAGGCUGUGUACAAUGCUGUGUGCCUUGCAGAUGCUCAAUAAAGUAAUUAUGGACAACUCA